AUGGGCAACAGUAGCACCAAAGAAUCUCGUCCGAUUGACCCGGCGACCGACUACAGGCAAAGCCAGGCCGCCUACCUCAAUCACUCCACCUCCAGAGAAGCCGCAAACGAUCAUGCCAGCUCACGGAGGCAAAGCCGCUUUAGUAGAGCCGACCUAAAUCUCCUUGGCCUAGGAGCCGCCGGAUCUUCAAGUGCUGCAGGCAGAGAAGAUGCGCCGUACGAGCGGAGGGAGACGAGGCAGGAACGGGAAGCCCGGCGACUUGAGAGGGACCGCGUCGCGAGAGAAAAGGAACGUGAGCGGAGUCUGAAAGAGGAGCACAUCGAUGGCGGAUACCUUGUGACUCUUGGUACAUACACUGGUCCCGAAGACUUUAGCAAGCCCGUCGUGCGGCAAUUGCAGGUAAGAUGGUUUCCGAAUAUCCUCAUGCUUUGGUUGCAAAGGUUAACAGUUGUGGUCCCGCAGAUUGAAAGACGGCUUGCACCAUUCUGGAGAGGUCUCAAUGACUACUCCGACAACUGGACCGAAUAUCAGCUCAUCUGCGCCGGUCGCGGCCUUCCUAUCCCGGCCGCCGAUGAACAACCUCCACCCGAGUUCAUUCCCCAGUCCAAUAUGCCCGCCUCUCCCACCGAGUCAUCCCAGAACCUUGCCAAUCUCACUGUUCCAAUGGGCCCGAGAUCUUUGUCAGUUGGAUCGGAUCGUAGUAGCUCAAUGCCGGGCUCUGGAAUAUCGUCGCCCAACGCAGCCCAGCAGCGGAGUAGCUCACCGUUCAAGCCUCGGGCAAAAGCCCUUGCAGCAGCCUUGAGCGGGGGCUCACGCAGCAACUCGUCAAACGACGUUGCGCCCCGUGAGAUCAAGUUGCCCAACGACCCCUUGGUCAACGGACAGCCAUUAGAGGUUUUCCUGUACAAGGAUGCUACCGAAUGUCCCAUUUGUUUCCUAACCUAUCCUCCCUACCUGAAUCGCACCCGUUGCUGCGAUCAGCCCAUCUGUAGCGAAUGUUUCGUGCAGAUCAAGCGCGCCGAUCCGCACCAUCCCGAGCAUCACGGCGAACCGACCGAGCAGUCUGCGAAUCCGACCAACCCGGAGGAAGCUCCAGAAAUGCUAAUAUCCGAGCCCGCGCAGUGCCCCUACUGCCAGCAGACCGAAUUCGGUGUAACCUAUGACGCUCCCCCUUUCCGACGAGGUCUAUCUUAUGCCAUUGGAUACCCGUCACAAAAUACCGCCAUGUCAUCUCAGAGCUCUUUGAACUCCACUUUGUCGCCUACCUCUCCAACAUCUGGGAGGCGGCGAGCUCAAAGCUUGUCCGCCAACGCCCCAAAUGUUGUCACUACUGAUCGGGUUCGACCGGAUUGGUCGACCAAACUCGCAGCACAACGAGCACACCAAGCACGCAGAGCUGCAGCGGCAACUGCUUUGCACACUGCGGCCUUCCUCAUGGGAAACAACGAACAGCAGCGCGGCUUCGCCUUCACACGGCCCGGGCGUUUCAGUCGGAGAAACACCGGGAGUCGCACCCCCUCUGGACCAUCCAACCCACAGCCGGAAGAAAGCCCCCAUCGCAACCCCGAGGGUGAAGCUGCCCCAGCUGGACCAGAGCCUGGACCACGAAGCUCCUCUGGGCGCGGAGCUCUGGAAAAUAGGAGAAGUCGGAUGGAGGAGCUGGAAGAUAUGAUGUUCAUGGAAGCCGUCCGUCUUUCUCUCGCCGCCGAGGAAGAGCGAAAACGCAAACAAGAAAAGGCGGAGCGAAAGGAGGCCAAAAAGAGGGACAAGGAAGAGCGUAAAGCUCUCAAGAAGCAGGACCGGCAGAGCGUCUAUGGGCCUGGUCAGAGCUCUGCUAGUGGUAGCAGCCUCUCCCUUGGCCUUGGACGACGCAGAGGGAAUAGCACAACCAGCAACUUGCGUGUGGAGGCCACGCUUCAGGGUGCGCAGACGACUUCCGCAGGACCCAGCGCGGAGACUUCUCCAGUGGCUUCCUCAACACCGAUUGGCAAUACCCUUUCUCCCACCUCGGCACCCAGCUCGGCACCAAGUUCGAAAGGCAAAGCUGUAGAACGUCCGGCAGUUGAGACGCAGUCAUCCGAGAGCAGCUUCCAAAGCACAUCUACCACGCCCUCAUUACCGAUCCCGACGACUAGCCGCGGGCCUUCUCACUUGAGGCAGAUGAGCAAUGCAUCUUCCAUCUCAUCAUCUCUGGCUGAUAGCGCAGCUGGCAGCUAUAGCAACCAGGCGUACCUGGAUCCUCGAGCCAGCGAGCUGAGCGUCGGCAAUAGAAGCGAAGAAGGUGACCGAGACAAUACGGAGCCCAUGUUCAACUUUCGGAGCCUGGCAGAGAUGGUCGGCGUUGACAUUGAAAAUGGCGAGGCCAACCAUGACCAGGAUAUCGCCUCAGGCGAGGGCCGGACUGCAACUACGAGCAAGAAGGCCGAAGCGGAAGACGAACCGGAAGCGGAACACAUGGAGGACGCACACAGUGAGGAGCCCGUGCAGACAAACGUCGGCACAUUGAAGCCACCUCCAACGAUUCCCGAAGAGCCCGUCGACGGCGCCGGCAAAGGCGACGUCUCUCCUUUGCUUGGCAGUGGAGCAUUGACACCGGAAGUGACAAUAACACCCGAGACCCCGGCUCCUAUCUCGGAUGAGGCUGCUGAGUCGAAGAGAUUGGGCCAUGAAAGCAUUGUGGAGAGUUCGACUGGAGUAACGCAGUAA